UGAUUUGUGUUUGCAGUGUUAUAAAGCAGAGUGACAGCUCCUGCAAGCAGCCUGGAAUCCUGUCUGGAGAGGCUCAGGUUGGAGCCUGAAGGACCCAGCCGGGUGGUCCCCAUCUACUGGGGGUCCCCUCACUGCCUGUGAGACCCUGGGAGGAGGAAGCAUCAAGCCAGGGAGCAGAGCAGGACCCUGGGCACGGGGGAGGCACAGCACCAGGCCAGGCUGGAGGGUGCCCGGGUUAACAUGACCGAGGUGGAACCCGUGCUGGACUUCGCAUCCUCCGGGAGGACGGGCAGGCGCAAUGCCCUACCCGACAUCCUGGGCUCUCCGGCCGGUGUCAGCCCCGCUGACCUGCCCCUCAAGCUGGCAGAGAUGUCCCUGAGUGCAGGCAGCGCUCAGGAGAUGCAGUCACCCUCGGCGGAGGUGCCCCCUCCGCAGCCCCCCAGCCCCGAGCUGAAGGACACGUCCUAACCCCGCUCCAGGGGGGGCAUUGCUGACCAGCGGAGGAGGGAGGAGGCUGUGGAGCAUCAGCCCGGCUUCCCUGGCACGGCCGGAGUCCGCUGGGUUCUCCUCGGUGCUGCCAUCGGGCAUCAUCCCCCCGCCAUGGGGCGAGCAUCGCACGGGGACCUGCCGGGAUGAUUCCCACCCGGGGCGAGGACUCGAGGGAGGAAUGUGUUUGUCCUGGGAUGCUGGGCAGAGCCGAGCACAGGGGGGCUCUCCGGGGGGGCUCCUGCUGGCCGCAGGAGCAGCCUGUGGUGUUCCUAGCUGAGUGUGGUGUUCACUGUGAUGUUUUGGGUACCA